UGCUAUUGUGCUACAUACUGAAUAGAAGGCGCGAAGGUUCGAUUUGCUAAAAAGGUGAAUAACGGUGGAGUUCGUUCAAGGGUCCUCGUCCGAGAGGCGAAAAUUCAAUCGUAAGCACGAGCAGGCACGAGUUUCAAAAGUUUCAAAAAGUUUCAAAAGCCGUGACUUCUCCAUCGCAAACUUACUAUUUCUUUACCUUUAAAUCCACUUCUUUCACUUAGCUUCUACUCAGCAACCACACCAAAUACUAACUGAGCUGUCUUCUUUUCCACCGAAGACGGUUACAUCUAGAUCGUCGGUCUCGACUGCAGCUGGACUUGGUUUCUCGACUUACUCCACUCUCUUACAGCUCAACUUGAACUUGACACCUGCGCCUCUUAAGUCGAACCAACUUCCCACAAUCCGUCCAAGUCAAUUCGACCCGACAUCUCCGAUCCUUUUUUUUUCUCUUCUUCAUUUAAUUUCGACGAAAAUCCAACAAAAUGUCGUUCUCAAGCCUUGUCCAGGACCUCACCAUUCGAGAUGCGAAUACCCCGCGCCAGCCCCGAGGUACCACAUCAGUUUCUACUAUGGACGACGGCGCCUCCCAGAUGUCUCGAGCAAAGUCGUACGCAAGCACAGCAGCCACAAGCGUAAGCAUUGCCGGCAACAUCUCGAGCCAGCUUCACAGUGGCUAUCAUCAUCCUCUUGCUCGAGCAUGGCAAGCUGAGCGCCAAUUGACCAAGUCGAUGUUAAUUUACCCUAUCUUUAUUUCGGAUAUCGAGAACGAUGAAACCCUAAUCCCCUCCCUUCCUGGCCAGAAACGCUGGGGACUCAAUAAGUUGGUUCCAUUCCUAGAGCCGUUGGUGCGCAAGGGCCUCCGAUCAGUCAUCCUUUUCGGAGUCCCUCUCAAACCCGGUUCCAAAGAUGCUCUAGGCACUGCGGCCGACGAUCCGAAUGGCCCAGUCAUCCAGGGGAUCCGCUUGUUGCGACAGAGAUUCCCCCACCUAUACAUCGCCGUCGACGUCUGCCUUUGCGAAUAUACCUCACAUGGCCACUGUGGUAUCCUCAAGGAUGAUGCGACUUUGAACAAUCAGUUGUCAGUAGAUCGAAUCUCCGAUGUCGCUGUCGCCUACGCUCUUGCUGGUGCUCACUGCGUCGCACCAUCCGACAUGAACGACGGUCGCAUCCACGCCAUCAAGGCAAAGUUAAUAGAGGAGGGGAUUGCGCACAAGACUACUUUGAUGUCAUACGCCGCCAAGUUCUCUGGCUGUCUAUAUGGUCCCUUCAGAGAUGCUGCCGGUUCGGCACCUUCGUUUGGCGACCGAAAGUGCUACCAGUUGCCGCCGGGAGGACGUGGACUUGCACGACGAGCCAUACUCAGAGACAUCGAAGAGGGGGCUGAUAUCAUCAUGGUGAAGCCGGCCGCUCAAUAUCUCGACAUAAUUAGUGACGCGAAGGACCGAAGCGAGGGUCGUCCCAUUGCUGCUUACCACGUGAGUGGAGAAUAUGCGAUGGUCCACGCUGCCGCAAAGGCCGGUGUCUUCGAUCUCAAAACGAUGGCAUUCGAGGUGACGGAAGGAAUUCUUCGAGCAGGCGCUUCAAUUGUCAUCAGUUACUUCACGCCCGAUUUCCUUGACUGGUUAGACAACUAGUUGACUUGAUGAAAAUAGGUGGAAGCAUCGUGUCUGUAAUUGGAGUUGCUGGCGUUCAAGGGAGGGCUAUGUAUGGCAUGAGAAAAACGACAUCACGUAUAGAUUUGCAUUCGCCGUUUUUACAUCUACUUUAUCAGGUAUCAUUAAAGAUGAAAACUUUAGGUCUAAACCUAACUGCAUGGCUAGCCCGUAACGUGAAAAUAGAGCGGUAUUAGGUAUGUUAUCGCACGUAGAAGUCAUUAGUGUUUGUAGGCCCCUUAUCCUGCUAACAAGAUUUAUUCUACAUAAUUAUUUGCUAUAAGUAGCGUCUAUGAAUCCCAAGCAAUCUACGCAGGUAGCCACACAGUUAUCAAGUCCACGAAUAUAAAUGAAAGUCACAUCUGCAUUUCGAUUGUUCAACAUCAUAUGAGGUGAAUCUGAAUUGGACUUUCAUAGUAUUGAGGAUAUCACGGGUUAGACACGCGGUUCUGGCCCUACAUACCCCGGUGUUAUCAUGAAUGACUUGGCACUCGCACAAACGAAAUUACGAAAUCCUGCCUGGCG